AUUAUAUUGAUACAAUCGCCUACAUCCAUAUAGUACAACUAUUUGCUUUAUUACCACAUCAAAUAUAAUUAAUAAUAAUGAUUUAACGUCGUCUUCAUAUUCAUAGGUUAGCAAGCUGGAAGCUGGAUGAGCUUGAACCCUAUCUAAUUAUAACAAUGUUUAUUGUAAUGUCAGGGUUGGCUAAACUAAUCUUCCAUCAAUCAAAAUUUAUAUCUUCCAGGGUUCCUGAGUCCUGUCUUCUUAUUGUGGUUGGAGCUAUCUCAGGGGUUGUAAUCAAUAUUGUGGAUGGGGGUAGAUCACAGAGUGAUUUGUCUGAAUGUGUGACAGCUCCUCUUUUCCCAAGGUUUACACCAGAACUAUUCUUCUAUUUGCUUCUGCCUCCAAUAAUACUAGAAUCAUCCUAUUCUCUACACAACCGUGUAUUUAUGGAGAAUCUUGGAACUAUCCUAAUAUUUGCUGUUCUUGGGACAAUUGUAAACUUCCUACUAAUAGGCGGUGGAUUGGUUUUUCUCUUCCAGUUUGGAUUAAUGGGAAACUCUACGAUUUACAAAUCAGACUUUGCUCUCGGAUAUCACAGAGAAACCGUUAAACCAGGACAUCUAAAAGCUGAUCCGGAAACAUUCUCUUCUCUGACACCAAUUCAACUGCUCCUGUUUUCCAGUCUAAUCUCAGCUGUCGACCCUGUAGCUGUUCUAGCAGUGUUCUCAGAGGUUGGAGUAAACCCUGAUUUAUAUUUCCUUGUAUUUGGAGAAUCCCUGUUAAAUGAUGCUGUUGCUGUAGUUCUGUACAAUAUGAUGAAUGCAUUUACAGGUAUGGAAGCUGAGGGUGUAUCUGUAGAGAUUGCUGAUAUUUUCCUUGGAAUUGCAUCUUUUUUUACUGUGGCGCUAGGAGGUCUGAUAAUAGGAUUUAUAUUUGGAAUUAUUACAGCUCUUAUCACGAAAGCAACUUCAGAAAUUAGAGUUUUAGAACCCUUGGCAAUAUUUGGUUUGGCAUAUUUGUCAUAUUUGAUGGCGGACCUGGUCGGCUGGUCCGGAAUCAUUAGUCUCAUAGGAUGCGGAAUGGUUCAAGCGCAUUACUCGUUGAAGAAUAUUUCACAACAAUCCAGAACAACUAUUAAUUACUUCACUAAGAUGCUGAGCUCUACUUGCGAAGGAAUUAUAUUCCUGUAUCUUGGAAUGGCGCUUUUUGGGGCUCAUGUGUGGCACACAGGAUUUGUACUAUGGACGGUUGGUCUGACUUUGAUUGUUAGAUUCAUCAGUAUCUUCUCAUUAACCUUCUUCGUAAACCUGUUCAGACACGGGGUCAAGACCAUUAACUUAGAGGAGCAGUUUCUAAUGUCUUAUGGUGGUCUACGAGGAGCUGUUGGUUUCUCUCUAGUUCUUCUUAUUGAUAAUUCUACAGUCCUAGCCGCAGGAAUAUUUGUGACUGCAACCCUCACUGUAAUAAUCUUCACUGUGUUUCUACAGGGUAGUACAAUAAAACCUUUGGUGAACCUUCUGAAGAUUGAUAAAACUAAUGGAAAACCGACUAUAAGCGAGGAGAUAAACCUGAAGAUGUUUGAUCAUAUCAUGGCUGGAGUUGAGAUUAUUUCAGGCAAAAUAGGACAUUUUGCAAUUUACGAAAGACUGCAUUUUAUAGAUGAAAGAUUUCUGCAAAAAUAUCUGUGCGUUCUUCCCGAACCAUUGGAUCUAGCACAGAGCAAUAAGAUGCUCACAGAUCAUAUCUUGCACCUGUAUGGUCCAGCAGCACUUGCAAAGAAGAACUUAGAAAGAAAACUUCUUCCCCCGCGAACUGAUCUGGUUGAGAGACAGGUUCGACGGUUAACAUUCAGGACAGUUUCUCAGAUUAUCAUUUGGCUAGUGAACUACAGACGAUCCAUGCCACAAGUUGACCGGCACAGUUUAACUUCAGCUCUUAGUAUUGAUCCUAUGAAGAGAUAUUAUCAGGUUCACGACAAAAACUUGAUUAAUAAUUCACAUCGAGAUAUAAAACAGGUUGCAGCAAAAAGAGAAGAAAUGUCACAACGAAUACGGGAUCGUCUUCUGCUAGAGAACGGAGAUCAUCCAGAUUUAUUCAACUUUAUGAAAGACGACAUUAAGAAACGUCCUUUUUCUACGCGACGAGCUUCGAGCGGUGCGCUUAUACAACCUAAACCUUACGCAUCAGUUUCGUCAAGAGAGAACCUGUUAAACCGAAGUAUGUCAGUUGAUCCAAUAGCUCGUCAUCUUAAACACAGAUACUCACAGAGAAGACUUCUUGAAGGUGUGCCUUGGGAAGAUGGAAGAGCUCUUGAUGUUUUAGCAGAACAGAGUGAGAAAAUAAGCAGAUAUAGUCCUAGCAGAUUCAGUCCGAGCAGACCUGGCACUAGCAGAUCUAUAUUGAGCAGACCAAUGAGUGGUUCAAGCAGAUCUAGUUCAAGCUCCGGCCCAGAAAGAUAUUUUAAACAACGAAUUAUAGAUGGAAGACCAAAGACUGCAGAUACCUGUAUCAUUGAAGAUAUUCACGCGGGAGAUGUUUAAUAGAAAAUUAAGAAAACAUUGUUUUGCCCCCCCCCUUCAAAAAAAAAAUCAUCAAAUUCUUUUGCGAAAUAUAAAAUUUUAAAAGCAAAAAAAAUUAUUUGGUUAAAAAAAAUAUUUAAUUUGUAAGAUUGAACUACCAAAACAUUCCAAUUAUAGUACGCAAGAAAAGAGGUGGUGCUUCUCUGGACAUAGGAAUUUUGUUCCACUAAUUACUUUCUUUGUAUUUGUAUUUGUAUUUGUAUUAGUGCAUAAAUUUAUAUUCAAGGGACAAAGAAAUUUGACAUAUAUUAAAUUAACACCCUUUUAUUUAUAAAUAAUAAUUUUACUUUUCUGUGAUUUUGAAGAUUUUAGGAACACCCUGUACACAAUUUACACAAGUUGAUAAUUUUAAGGACACCCUGUACACAAUGUACACAAUUUGAAGAUUUUAGGAACACCCUGUACUCAAUGUACACAAUUUGAAGAUUUUAGGAACACCCUGUACUCAAUGUACACAAUUUGAAGUUUUUAGGGACACCCUGUACACAAGGUACACAAUGUACACAAUUUGAAAAUUUUAGGGACACUCUGUACACAAAGUACACAAUUUGAAGAGUUUAGGGACACCCUGUACACAAGGUACAAAAUUUGAAGAUUUUAGGGACACAAUGUACACAAUGUAGGCUUAAAUUCAAGUGAUCUUCCAUUUGAAAAGUGCUUGUCCGAUACACAGCAGUACCCUUUCAGACUUUGAGUGAUUAUGAAUUAAUGGCUUAUCCUUAUUAUCUUAAGAAACGAUUGAAGUUUUUAAACACUUUGUUUGUAAACUAUUUUACUUUAAGAAAUAUUAAUUUACUUUCUAAAAGUCGCAGAAAAUUAUUUUAAUUCAAAUUUUUGAAACCCACAUUGAACACAGCAUAUUCGGGAAAAUAUGUAUCCUCAGUUGUGUUGAGUUCACAGUGUACAACAGCGUACACUUCAGUUUUACAGCAAUUUAAACCCCAUUUAAUAUUGAACUGAACACACGGAGUUCUCUGCAUUUCAUGAUCGUUGAUCAGUCAAAGGUAGUUCAAUAUUAAGAGCAAAAUUAUAGGAUUUUUUCUAACAUUGCAGUAUAUAAACCCAAUAUAGGUCCAAAACAUUGUUGUCACUAAUAAGUUGAAAGAGUUCGUGUUAAAAUAAUUAAAUGUUUAUAAAUUGUUCAAGAUGUUUAAAUGUUGUUUAAUAUAUAUAAAUAAAUGUAUCGUUAUAGAUAUCUAGAUCAUAAUGUUUAAGUAUAACUAAAUGUUUAUAAAAUGUUCAAGAUGUUUAAAUGUUUUUUAUUAUAAAUAAAUGUAUCGUUAAAGAUAUCUACAUAAUAAUGUUUUAUUAUAAUUAAAUACUUAUAAAUUGUUCAAGAUGGUUUAAAUGUUGCUUAUUAUUAAUAAAUGUAUCGUUAUAGUUAUCUACAUAAUAAUGUUUUAUUAUAAUUAAAUACUUAUAAAUUGUUCAAGAUGGUUUAAAUGUUGCUUAUUAUUAAUAAAUGUAUCGUUAUAGUUAUCUACAUAAUAAUGUUUGAUUAUAUGUUAUGCUUUAGAAAUAUCUCAAUAUAUAAAAAGGGACCUUCUACCUCCCUUCAACCCCCCACCCCACAAGGGUCGGCGUAUACAGGAGGGGAGCAAGGGGGGCAGUGCCCCCCUAUACCUGUACAGGGGGCAUAGCCACCCCCCUAGAACUCAGAGCUUUCACACAUUUCAAAUCUUAAACUCAAGAGCACUCAAGAGUUAAGACCAUAAAAAAAUUUAGCCCACUUUCAGGGAUAGCGAAGGAAAACAAUUAUUUUUAUAUACCAAUAACGAGUUUAAGUUGAGUUUUUCAUUUAAAAAAUUGUCUUUAAUA